AUACAUAACAACUUUUGCGCUCAGUGGCACGAGGUAGCGUUUUAUAUGAACAAAUGGUAGGCUUCAGAAUUUAUAUAUAAUUUUUAUUUUACUGUAGAAGUAAACUAACGAGAAGAAGAAGAAGAAAUGGAAGAUGACGUUUUGGCUUUUGAGCUUAGUGAGAGUGAGGAUGAUAGUAACGAACCUAGUAGUUCAGAAGAUGAACUGGAAGCAUACAUCAAGAAAAAGUUUGAAUUAUGUGAUCCUGAUAACUUUGAACAGGAAAUGGACAGUGAGCUUGCCAAUGAAUUAAAGGAACGUGAGGAACAAAGUAUUCUAGGUAUGGAGUUAGAAGGUGUAAGUCAGAAUUCUGCAUUACCCAAAGGCAAAAAGAAAAUUAAAUUUGAUGAUUCAUCAGAAUCAGACGAUGAAGAUUUUUCAGGGCAAGCAAAAGCUACAGAACCCUCUAAUGAUGAUCUUCUGUAUGAUCCUAAAAUGGAUGAUGAUGAUGAGAAAUGGGUUGAAGAUAAGCGUCGGGCAUAUAUUUUUCCAAAGUUUCAGACUUCUUCAGAAAAAGUGACGCCUCUUCCAAAUAGUGAUGCUGUCUUAAAUUGUCCAGCAUGUAUGAGUUUGUUGUGUUUAGACUGCCAGAGACAUGAACUGUACAAGACACAGUAUCGAGCCAUGUUUGUUACAAAUUGUAUUGUGGAUAAUGAGCAAGUUCUUCGUUACUGCCACAAGAAGAAGAAGAGCUCUAAGCGAGGUGGGCUUCCUAUUGAUGGGAGUAAUUCUGAUGUUUACCAUCCUGUGAAAUGUUUUGUAUGCAACACAGAGGUUGCUGUUAUUGACAAGGAAGAAGUGUAUCACUUUUUUAAUGUCUUGGCUAGUUACUAGUAAUAUCUGUGUGCUAAUGUACAUAAUUUUAUAAAGAAUGAACUCUCUAAGAAUAUUAAAUUGUUCAAAAGGUCAGUUUUUGCUUUAUACUCAAAUGUAAAAUCUAAUCUUUCAAUAGCGGAUAUUUUAUUUCAUGCCAUUUACUCCUCUUUACCAUUUUAUAGCUGCUUUUUUAUUCACUUAAAAUUUAAGAGAGAAAAUUAGCUAAUGAUAAAAAACAGGAUUGUAGGGACCACUUAGUCCAUGGAAAUUGAUGGUUUUAAGGUGCUGUUAAAUAAAAUCUGACACAUUUUUUGGUUUUCAGUAUGUUCAAAUUAAACUAACAUUUUUACCUCAAUAUGCUUCAAAGAUGUUUAAGAAAAUACUAGACCAAAUUGGAUAAAAAUAAAAUAAAAAAGCAAACCUAUUAUAGAUUUAAAAUAUUACUUGUACCCUUAAAACUAUCAGAAAUGAAUUUACACUUCUUCACUUUCAGAUCUCAUAAAUAUAAAUUAUUGAUUAAUUAAUGAUGGUAAAUAAAAUGCAAAUGCUGUAUCUUGCACUAACUGUUUACUGAGUCACCACCUAAUGUUCAGGAGUGAUAACUACCUUUGCCAUUAACCAAAACUGUAGAUAAAUUACCAUCUCAGCUAAUGGCAAUUCAGAGAAACACUAAUGAAUUGCAGUUACUUAAGUUAAUACAUGAUAAAUAUCAGGGUUGUUGUUUUUCUUUGAUGAUAAAAACAAAUGACCGUUUACUAUUGCUGUUUGCAUUAGUUUUAUUUUGUCAAUAACCUAAUCUGCAUAUAUGUUACGCAAUGUUAUUAUGUUAUAAAAUGCACAUAGCUUGUAUCAGUAUCGUAAUAACAAAGUUCAAAACUCGUUUUCAGACAGUGAAAUGCUUUCACAUAAAGAUGUAAAGGAUUGUAUGAUAAAGUUUUCAGCUAUGAUAACCCACAAUCCCAUUUAUAUUGUGUUAUCAACUUUGACAAAAUGGUUGCCAUUGAAAUACAUCCAAUCUUCUCGUAUAUAAAACUAUUUCUGUAACCCCUAUUUUGUUUGUUUCUCAAAACAUUAAGAAACAUUUGUACAAAACGUUAAUGAAUUAUACAUUCAAGACAAUGGAAACUAGUGCUACAACUACAUUACUUUUCGAAGUCUUUCUUUAGUAAAAUUUUAGGAAGAGGUAGUGGCAGUAGGGGUACUUUCUGUUAACCAUUUUCAACACCCAGUGCUUAAUGUCCUUCCACAGAGUUUUGCAUGAUUAAUUUAGAGUAAUUGGCCACAGAAGUGUGUUACUGGCUGAAGUUGAAAGGUCACGAGUCAAAGAAAGAAGUGGGUAUAACUCAAGAAACGACUCUUCCUAUCAGCCUUACGGUGGCUGUUGGAGUAGAAACAUCAGCUGAGUUUAUGUAGUAUUCCAAUGGCCAUUUUUUUUCAGUGUAUUCCUCCAUAAUGUAAAAGUGUACUCCCUGAGAUAUAAAAGAUGUUUACGCACCCCA